CGGAGCCCAGGGCCGGAGCCCGCGCGGCGAGCCAAGACCCCAGGCCCCAUGGCACAGAAACCCAUCGGCACGGAGGCGGCCGAGCGCAUGAACCUCGUGGCGCAGGACGAGAUCUGGAAAUAUCGCCUGAAGGCUGAAAACGAAGCCCGGCAAAACUGGGCCCAGAACUGGGGAUUUUUAACAACCCCCCUUGAGGAGUUGAUCCAGUGUGGUGAAGAGCCCAGCACCCCGAAGCCCAAAAUCGAGCUUCCCGGGCGGUUCCGCAUCCGGCCAGUGACCCCGGUGGAGAAACACAUCAAGGUGCUUCCAUCCCCCCCAUUCCCAAAGACGACGCAGGGCUUCAUCGGCUGGAGAUCCGGGGUGCCAGGCCUGAACAAGUGUCUGGAGCACGACAGUGAGAUCAGAAGCUGCAAAGGGGCAUACGCCAAGGAGCUAAACUGGCCGAAGCAAGGCAUUCACUGAGUCCAGGUGGAGACUCCGGCCCCUGGGGCAAGGAAGGCUAGACCACCGGGCACCUGCUGCCCAUGCUCAGGGAAGGAAGAGCUCCCCGGUCUCCCCUGAGGGACGUUCUCCUCCACAUUUGCUCAUGGGAAGUUGUUGCAGGAAACACAGAAUCGCGCUCAGACAUUUUCAACUCAUCAAUGCCUCCCUUCCAGAACAUUCUUGUAACAUAUUCAUUCUGGGCUAAUGCAAUGAAUAAGGCAAA